ACUUCUCUGCACCAAGUACGAAGUGCUGUUAACACCGCUAAUUUUGAGCCAGUAUUCUCUUUGAAAAGGGCUAUUAUUCUAUUGGGAGUGUUUAAACUUUGAGAGGAAUGCCUUAAUGUAGCGACAGAUAUUUGCGAGAAUGAGAAUAUGCGUUGUGCGGUGAGUGCUACGUUUGACAGAUUCGCUGAUGAUCUAAUUGAGUUGAAAAUCGCAAGAUAGAGGCGAAUAUUAUACUGAUCAGAGAUUCAGAUACACUAGUAUUGAAACCUAUGUCUAGCGUCAAUCCUGGAAAAAUGACUCGAUUGGAAACCCUAUCACCAAAUUCUGAAAGUAUGUUUAGUUUGACCAAUAUACUCACAAUACGAGGGUACCCUAUGCUAACCACCACUCGGAGUAGAAUCAUCAUUUUCCACUGGUACUGAAAAUUCUCCCGAUCCAUGUGAAGUGGAUUUAAACCACAGUAAAGCUGCAGGGUUUACCUUCAUCCAGGUGAGCAAUGGGCGAGGUCCAAGAACCGAAGCUCGUAGCCAUGUCAUGCGCGAGUUUUGGCGAGAGAAAAAGCUGCAAAAUGCCAAGAAAGCCAGAGAGCACCGCAAGAAAGACUCGUGUAGUCUGAGGCCAAGGAUAUCAAAACGUAGAGAUUUGCAGGAUACUGCCCGUCAUCACUCAAAUUCUAGAAAUCCGGAAGAUUGCGUUGAAUCAGAUAUUGAUAAUGAAGAGUCUGAUGAAGGUUCUGCUCGUGAAGCCCCGAGGACGAAAAUGGCCCAGGAAACGCCCCAAACGCUAUCAGGAAAUCUCAACACACUACCCGACCAAUUCUCCAACUAUGGCCAGACAAUUAUUCCUCUGUGUAGGACGGGAAUCGCAAAUGCGGAUCCUUUUUCAAGAUUAAAACUUGGCGAAGGACCAGAAAUACAAAGGCUAAUCCAUCACUGUAAGCUCUCCAGAUACACCUCCCCACAAUAAGGUUUUCCUAUUGCUAUUAUUGGAACAAACGUUAACAAGAAAAGAUUGCUGGAUAACAGCAUCGUGUAUGGAUCAAGAGACGACAGGUACAGAUUUUGGUAGAGUUGGAUGGCUAUAUUCAAGAGUCUCCUGGCUUGAUCCCGAACCCGCUCAUAUCGUUAUGGGAUUUAAUAUCCAACAUAUGGCUCGACUUCAUGGCCAAAAAGAACCACCUAUUGCUAUUAAACAUAAAACUGAGGCUAUGCGCGUCAUCAACAAGAGACUCAAUGAUCCCGCACAAGCUCUUUCUGAUGGAAGUAUUGGAGCUGUUGCGAAUUUCACAGGUCAUGAGGUGGGUCUCCUCAACCUUAUUAUCAUGUGCAUGUUCUUAUAGGCUGUGUAGCUACUUUCCGGUCUUCCCGAAAAUUUCAGUAUCCAUAUGAAUGGUCUGGACCAAAUGGUUAAAUGCAGAGGAGGUCUUGUCGCCUUUUCUAGGAAUAGACCUUUGCAGCUUGUGAUUGAGAGGUAUGUUGCACCUGCAGUAUUGAUGCCAGCCCAGAGCACCCAGUAGUCUAGACUGCAGCUCGAUCUGAAGUUUUAAUGCUUGGAAAAGUAUGAUUCAUUGAGAGUGGCUUGGUCAUUUCGAUAAAUUUCAUUGACUCAAGUGAAUACAAGCAUCAAAAUCUGCUCAUUUUUAAGCUGUAGUCCGCACCGUUUAAACUCUGUUCGCGAAGAAUUUUUAAUGACUUCAAUUUCAGUCUCGACCUAUGUAGGGCGUAUAUACAAAUUAGUCGACCAAUAUACUCGAGAUGUGAUAAAAACGUAAUCGAAGAGUUGACAACAACAAGCUCACUUGGAGCCUCGACGCUCCAAUACCAAAUCGCGGAGAUGCAAGCAAAGAAUAACUUUUGCACAGACUUCAUAAGGAUGGUUUAUGGUCUAGAAAGAGCGACUGGAAUUAUCAAAGAUGAGGCGCCCAAGACAACGUCCCCAGAACAAUGGAACAAUUUCAGUGAUCGAAUCUGCUCAGCCGCCAUAGGAAUGAGUUGGCUUCACUCAACCGAGCGAGCGACCGACGAGAGACGCAGCAUCAUGUGGAAGUGUUUCCGACUAGCAUCCCUGAUUUACCUCCAAAUGGCCUUGCAAGAAUUCAAUACCACGCCGCAGCUUCGUGAGAAAUAUUUUCAAGCCUGCAGGUAUCGGUUACUUGACACGACUAGUGGCUGGGGUAGAGCCAUUGAGAUGCUUGCUCGUGUUAUCCUCCAAGGAGAGCGCUCAAAUGUAGAGAGACAUCGCAGAGCGUGGUACGUAGCUAACGCGAUGAUAGAGUUACAAGGCAUUGGUCUCGACACAUGGAAGAAAGUUGAAGGUACUCUAUUUACUUAUUUAGGGUCGUCGUCUGGAAAAACGGAGGGUAAAUCUACACCACUUACUGUGGCUCUGCGGGGCAACCUUGAUAUAUGCAGCGAGGAUUUUAAUUUGAAUGGUGGCGCGGGAUGGCUUGGAUCUCCUCUCUGAUUAGAUACUUGCAAUAAUAAUAUGUAUUUGGUUCCUCCUCGGUCGCAAGACAUAUUUGGAUUACAAAUAUUAUAAAAUUCGCUGCCUCGGCGGAAUGUGUUGAAGAGGCUUGAUUAAC